GAAAUCCCGUUUGCAUUCGAUUUGCUUAUAAAUUAAACCUGCCAAUUGAACCUGUGGCGAACUGCUUUAUAAGACCUUUCUAAUAACACCACCUCGCAAACACCAUCACGUCAAUCUCAGAAUAACACCAUGACACACAUUACAUCAGAAUCUACUCCCCUCCUCCCAGAGCCUGCCACUGAGCGCUCAAUCUCCUACCAAAGCUCCCAUCCCGCCUACGAUGCGCGGCCACUACACCCCAAUUACAGCAAGCAUGAAGAAUGCCAUGUUGACUACAGCGACAUUCUUCGCGACAUCAUCAUUGGCUUCUCAGACGGUCUCACAGUACCUUUUGCCCUAACAGCAGGCCUGUCAAGUCUCGGCAGUGCAAAGGUCGUCAUCAUCGCUGGCCUAGCAGAGCUCUUCUCCGGCAUGAUCAGCAUGGGUCUAGGCGCCUACCUCGCCGCCGUGACAGAGCGCGACGCGUAUCAUUCCCAAGCUGGUAAAAAGGAAUUCGCGGUUCAAAAUAGACCUGGUGACGAGCGCACGGGUGUUUACGAUGUUUUGGAAAAGUACAGCGUCUCGCGAAGUGCCGCUGCACCUAUGGUAGACGAGCUCUGCAAGAACCCCACAGAAUGGGUGCGCUUCAUGAUGGAUUUCGAACUCAAGCUCGAGGAGCCCAAUGUUCAUCGUGCGUGGAUCUCAGCGGUCACCAUGGGAUUGAGCUACUUCAUCGGCGGACUGAUCCCCAUGAUUCCCUACUUCGUCAUGUCUCGCGUGCGCGAAGCAUUGUUCGUAUCGAUUGGUAUCACGGUCGCUGUGUUGUUGGUAUUUGGAUACGUCAAGAACUACGUCGCAAUUCGCAAUCAUCGUGCGGGUGUCUGGGGAGCGGUGCAGACAUUGGUCAUUGGCAUGUUGGCAGCUGGCACAAGCUAUGCGAUCGUGCGGGGUCUGGAUUCGAACGAUUCUUGAAGGAUGGUGUGACUAUGGCGCGACGGAGGCGUUUGGCUACGGCGUUAGGGUUCUUUUGGAUGCGAGAAAAGUCCUCGUGAUGGACGGUGUGAUUCAGGAUUUGGGUGCGAUAGGGAUAAAAGUGAUGAUAUCAGAAUAUUCGUAUUAACGACCGAAAUGACAAUACUCCAUUCCUCCAAAGGCAGCGUUUGUUUGCCUAACCAAACAACCAUCUCCCGUUCCUACCUCCUCCCCCACUUAUUAG